AUGUUCGAAAACCUCAGUCUCCGAAUUCCAUACCCUACACCGCAAGAAGGAUUUUGGGGACAACCAACUUCAACCCUGAAUUGGUGCGAGGAAGACUAUAUACUCAGCCAUUACACUGCCGAAAUCACAAACACCUUGACCAAUGUUUUGUUCAUUGCCCUUGGCAUUCGGGGAGUGCGGAAUUGCCUCAAGUACAAACAUGAUACGGUAUUUGUCAUUGCAUACUUGGGAUAUUUGCUGGUAGGCUGCGGCAGUUUUGCUUUCCACGCGACUCUGUCAUAUCCAAUGCAGCUGGUAGACGAGCUUUCCAUGAUCUAUACGACAUCCAUACUCUGUUAUGCAAUCUUCGCACACGAAAGGUCUCGCUUGUUUUCGAUAUUUCUCGGUAUCGGACUCGUUGCGCUGUCCAUCUCGAUCACGGCAUAUUACCACUAUAUUCAAGACCCUACAUUCCACCAAAAUGCCUUUAGUAUCCUUUUUCUAGCUACAGUGUUCCAGAGCCUGUACACUAUGGAAGCAAUCUUGCGACCCAUGUUGAGCAAGACUUACACAAACAAGCCCUCCAGGGCUUCGGUCUUAAGCAAGGAAACGCGACGGUCUCUAGUACAAGGGGAUCGGGCAAUAAUUUAUGAAAUGCGAUGGAUUGUCACCAUGGGGUUCAUCACCUGUGCAGCAGGUAUUGCUGCCUGGAAAGUGGACAACAUCCGGUGCAGUGAUCUUGUCCGGUGGAGACAUGAGGUGGGACUGCCAUGGGGUAUACUCCUUGAAGGCCAUGGGUGGUGGUAUGUUAUUGCACCGAGAUAUUGUGCCGUUCUUUGA